UCUUGGAACAAUACAGUCGACUCCCGAUAAUUCGAAGUCGCUUAAUUGGAAAUUUCGGUUAAUUGGAAGUGAAGCAGGGGUCCCGUCAGUUUUGCAUGCAAACCAACAGACAAAAAUGCUCGGUAAUUAGAAGUUAGAAGUCUAAAAUAGUGGUUAAUUAGAAGUUAUUUCUCAAUCGGAUGUCUCCACGUGAUCGUAAUGUUAGAGAAAUUUCCUAUUUUUAAAGUGAAAAUCAGCUUUGCAUGCCGCACGGGCAUCGUUGGCAUCGCAGCUGACUACAGCGCCACAGCUCAUGAAGCGUCAAUGUUAGGUACUGGCGUCUUCGGCAUCGCAGCUGACGACAGCGCCGAAGAUCAUCAGGCGGCAAGGUUAGCCGCGUCACGUGGUCUUUCUGUGGCGUUGACGUACUAGGCCUCUCUGUGCUCUCCGUUUGUUUCCUCGAGUGUUGUAGUGCGUCAGGCCUCGUUGCACAGAGGUUCCGCUUGCGGCGCGCCGCAUUUCACCUGCAGUCGCGACAAUGGCAACCCGCGGACCUUAUCGGACGCUUGACUUGGCGACGAAAGUAAAGAUUAUGAAAGAAGUUGAGGAAAGAGGCAUUGCCAAGCAGGACAUCGCGCGAAGGUACGGCAUCAAGCCCAACACUCUUUCAAACUUCCUGAAGAGCAAGCGCUCGAGACUCGAAGCAGUUGAAAAAGACCAGUUCAAGAUGUCUCGCAAGAGAAUGCGCACCGGCGCCCAUCCGGAGUUAGAGCAAGCGUUGCUCAUUUGGAUUAGGGAGGCACGGAGCAAUCACCUUCCGCUCAGUGGCGAUAUCGUUGCAGCGAAAGCCUUAUCGCUUGCGGCGAUGUUAGGAAUUGAAAACUUUGCCUCUUCAGAUGGCUGGUUGACACGUUUCAAGCAACGUCACGACCUGGUGUUCAAAAGCGUGAGUGGCGAAAGGGCGUCCGUCGACCAGGAAACAUGUGCGACGUGGAGAGAACAACAGCUUCGCGAAUACUUGAGCGAAUAUAAGCCGGAAGACAUCUUCAAUGCCAACGAGACGGCACUUUUUUACAAGAUGUUACCCGAGAAGACAUUGACCUUCAAGGACGAUGACUGUGCUGGAGGGAAAAGCAGCAAAGAGAGAGUGUCCGUUUUAAUUGCCACGAACAUGACUGGCAGGGAGCGAUGUCACCUGCUGGUGCUCGGCAAGGCCGCUAAGCCUAGAUGUUUUAAGGGCGUCAAAACGCUGCCCGUCUAUUACGCAUCCAAUAGAAAGGCGUGGAUGACGUCGGAACUAUUUAAAGACUGGCUACAUAAACUAGAUCGCAAGUUCGCAUCAUCUAACCGUAAGGUAUUGCUUCUUGUUGAUCAGUGCAGUGCCCACAUGAAUGUGCCGGCCUUGAGUGCCAUCCGCGUCGCCUACUUGCCAGCCAACACAACAUCGGUGUUGCAACCUAUGGAUCAGGGGAUCAUAAAAAAUGUGAAGGUGCUGUACCGAAAGCACCUUCUCGAGCGGAUGCUCUUGUGCAUGGAGAGCUCCAUGCAGUACGAGGUGAGCGUCCUCAGUGCUAUCCACAUGUUAGCGCAAGCGUGGGGCCGCGUUAAAGAAGAAACAAUUGCAAACUGCUUCAGGGCAUGUGCUUUUAGUGCAAGUGUGGCGGGAGUUGGUUCGUCUUCUCCAGCGGGGGAAGCAGACACAAGCGAGCUUGACGACCAAACUCUUCAAGCAGCUCUCAGUGACGUCACUUUCGAAGAGUACGUCGCCGUUGAUGGCACUGUUGAAACGUGCAGUGCACUGACGGACAGUGAAAUUAUUUAAAUGGUUCGGCCCAACGAGGCUGCUAACGAAAUUGACGGGGACAACAUUCUAAGUGAGCCACAACCUGCGGCUGCUGAUGUAGCUGCGGGCCUUGCCAUCGCGCAGCGGUUUUUUGCUGCAGAGAGCAAUGCCGACGAAGCACUCGGCCACGUCUACAGCCUGCAGAACUUGCUCUCCGUAGCAAGAUGCCGCAAGCAGAAGCAGACGGCAAUAACCGAUUUUUUUUCAGUCAUUUUUCGAAUAAAAAUAUCCGUUUUUGUUUUUUGUGGUUAAUUGGAAGUUCGUUUAAUUCGAAGUUUUUCGCAGUGCCCGUGAACUUCGUAUUAACGGGAGUCAACUGUAAUGAGUAUCGUUGAUGCAUUUAUUGAUGGUCUCACAAUCUGCGAGUGAAGGGAUACUGUUCAUUCACAUACCUCUAGACAGGGGGUGCUUGGAAUAAAUGCCCAUGCUCAGAUUGAUUAUUUUUUCGUAACUUCGAGUUAAUAUUUUCCUACAAGACGCAUGCAAAUACAUGA